AUGAGCGGUCAGGCUGGUGAUGGGAACAGUGGCAUUCAUGGCCUAAGCUUCAGUGCCUUCAGUGCCCUCAGUGCCCUCCUCAAUCAGGAUCAGACUUUAUGUGUGCAAUUGCUAGAAGCACAGCUGAGAGACCUCAGCUUUCAAGAGCUGCAGGAUCUGCAGGAUCUGCAGCAGGCCAGGACAACAUCCCAAGCCCAAGCUCAAGCUCAGGCUCAAGCUCAGGCUCAAGCUCAGGCUCAAGCUCAGGUUCAGGCUCGUCCUGCUGUUGCUGUCUCCACGGCAGCUUCGGGACAUAGUUCCCUAGAGUUGGCAAUCCGGGUCCUUCUUGCUUCAGCACAGGAUGACUUACACGCUGCUCCAGCUUCAGCCACAGUCCCCCAAGACAACAUGAAUGACAAUCGUAAUGACAUCACCAUCACUACGGAUCGCAUUCAGGAGAUCUGUGCUGCCAUCGCCAUUCAGCAAGCCACUGAUAAGCAGGCUGCUCUCGGUACUCGUACUGAUACUCGUUCUGAUACUCGUUCUGAUAAUAAUGAGCAUGCAAACACCACCGAACUGGAACAGAUUCUCGGGCUCUCUCGUCUUCUUGGUAUCAGUACUAGUACUAGUAGUACUAAUAGUGAACCUUCUCCAGCGACCAGUCAACUUGAAGCCCAGCUGGAGCCACAGAGCAACCAUAUCAAUGACUCUCCAAACAACGAACAAGAAAUCCUACAAAGCCUACAAAGGUUCCUUUCGGUCCAAGAUUCGGCUCCCACUACUUGCGCGGUGAAUGCCCCUGCUGUGCUUACACAAGGUACUGUUGUUGGUGUUGUUGGUAAGCGACGCGCCGGAAGGCGCUCCGACUUUCCUCCAAAGCUACAUGAGCUCCUACAGUACUUGGAGCAAGAGGGUCUCUCGGAGAUUGCAAGCUACACACCCGAAGGAGAUGGAUUCACGGUCUACAAGAAGAAAUUACUUGCAAAAGAGAUUAUGCCACUCUUCUUUCAUACCAACAAGUACAACAGCUCCCAAAGACAGGUCAAUCUAUACUGCUUUGAACGCACUGACAGCAGCAACAAUGAAGUCUCCACCUACAGGCACAAACUCUUUCAAAGGAGCCUCCCGCAACUCUCCGAAACCAUGCAGCGCAUCAAGAUCAAGAGCAAGAUCAAUACCAAGAUCCUCGCCAGCGCCUAA